ACCCCUCUACCGUACCACUCCGAUCGACUCGAUCCCUUAAUACUCUAAUCCCGCUCGUGUCUGCCGCUCGGGCGCCCUCCAUUCAUCUCUUCCGACCUGAUUCGGCAUCCCCGUCGCUCCCUGUCUUCUCGCUCUCGGCUAUUGUCUUUCGAUUCGGUAUCCUUUUCGUACGUGGUUCCGCGCAUCCCUUUAGCUCGAUUUUCUUUACCCAUAUCCAACGACCCGCUUUCAAGCAAAAGAAUACAACUUCAUCAGCAUGGAUGCUGGCGGUCUUGCUCAGAUGACAUAUAACAACAAUGUUCAGCCCAGCGGCGGUCUGGCUCGUCCCAGCGCAGGUUUUGCCUCUCGCGGGAGACUUGGCCAGGUGAACCGCCUCAGCCUCACCUCUACCCCGAAAGUAGCUCCCAUCGCUGAGAAUGCGUAUCCCGACGUUCAGACGCCUCGCACCAGCCGCGGCCAUCUCCUUGCCGGUCUUCGCACCGCUCCCAAGACUCCGAGUUCUGUCCAGCCGCCUGCCUCGGCCCCGUACCACACCGCUCAGCAUAAUAUUGCUGUUAACCAAGCCGGCUAUCUUCCUCAGCACCUCGAUGCCCAGCAAAUGUUGAAGGGAGCCAACUACGGUGUUCCUCAGACCGCCAUGGCUUCUACUUUCGGAACCGCUGUACAUCACCAGCUGGCCCAGCAGCAGAUGGUCUACGGUCUGCCUGACCAGGUCCUCGCUCCUCCGUCGCUGGAUGAGGGAUCCGUUGAUCCCAAUCUUGCUGCCGAGCUCUUGCAAACGAAGCUCUACCUCGAGCGCAGGCAGCAACAGCUCCAGCAACAGCUUUACAAUCUCACUGCCCAACAUCUCGCAGAGUUGAAUAUGCAGGCCUUGCGACAGUCCCAGCAGUACCCAUCUACGCCUUUCACGCCUCAGCUCAACAACUAUGCACAGCAAUUCCAGAACACCCAAUUGGCUCAGGAAACUGGACAGCCCGGCGUGUAUCUGACCUACAAUCAGUUGACAGGGCAGUACAGCUACGUUGUAGAUCAGAGGCAGAUUUCCCAACAGCAAGGCAUCAACAACCUCGCACAGCAGUUUGCUGAGACGAAUCUGUCGCACUCGCCUCCCCCUCCAACUCCACGCUUUGCCGAUUCUCCGCCAAAGUCGGCUGCCCCCACGGUCCAGGUUUCUCCACCAAAUGAGUCCAGCCCUAGCCCGUGGGCUCGGAGCACUUCGCCACCCAAGAAGUCGUUGACCCCGCCUCAGGAUGUUGUUCCUCUUCCGCCACCAUCCGCUAAUGCAUUCCGUCGUGGCCACAAGAAGACGGUGUCAUCGCUUGCUCUGGACGGAAAGCAGGAGACACCCGAGGGUCCCAAAUCUGCCUUUGUGCGCCCUGUUGGAUUCCCCGCCACUCCCAUGACUGGCACGUUCGGUCCCGGUCAAGGCCGCGCUGGCGAGCACCCUGUUCGCCAGCCCAAGGGUCCGCCCCCGCUCGAGGAACUCCAGAGCAGCCCCACGUCCAAGCAUGAGGGGAGCAAGAACUUCGCCACGCGUCGCCGAAGGGCAGCCAUGAGCAAUCUUGCCAAUGCUAGGAUCAGACGAGGGGCUGGCAGUUCGGGAAGCAUGACGCCUGUGAGCGAGACUGAGAUGUCUUUCCCGGUGUCCGACAACGACUCCGAUAGCGUCCACAGUGGUGGGAGCGGUAGCCUGUCCGGCAAGCCCAGUAUCGGGAGUCUGCGAGCUGCUGCCAAUGGUGCCAUCGGCUCCGAACUCAAAGCCUCAAAGGAGCGCUCCCGCGAGCGAACCUCAACCAAUGGCUCCUACACGGCGAACAGCGUGAGCAGCGAUGAGGGUUAUGUUGGCGGUGGACUGGUUGAGAUUCGUGCGGAGGAGCCCCAGCGACGGAAGAUGCCAAUGCUGGUUCUGACCAGUGCUGAGAAGCGCAAGAGCACAGUGUAUUAGGCAAGGGACUCUGGAUAUGACGCGUAUGCGUGGGGUUCGGGACUCGCUCGAGUUGAUCUUCGAGGCGGGGUCCCUGUGCAUAAUCCGUGGUGAUUUUCCACGAUGUUCUUACGGCCAGUCAUGACU